GCCCAGAAUAUCACCCGUGGAGUGGCGAUGAUGCGCUUCGCUUGUUCCCAGCUCACAGUUGAACGACUCGAUCCCCUGGUUAAUCCUGGUGUUGUUGGGAGUCCUCACACGCAUCAGAUUGUCGGGGGAAACAGUUUCAAGCCGGAAAUGAAGCCGGGCGAAUAUGACUUGGUGACGAAGAGUACGUGUACGACUUGCACGUUUAGCGAGGAUUUGAGCAACUACUGGACGGCAGCACUGUACUUCCACGCAAAGAAUGGGACAUACAAACGCGUGCAGCAAUUUCCAAACACCGGCUUCCAUCAAAGAGGCGGAAUGACUGUCUACUAUAUCCCCCCCUACGAUGGAGUCAGCAACGUGACAGCAUUCAAACCAGGUUUCCGCAUGCUAGCCGGCAACCCCAUGCUGCGCAACACAACAGGUGAGUCCCGCGGGGUCUGCCACCGCUGCAUCUACAAAGACGCGACGCCCUUUGGCGGCGCGCCCUGCACCGAAGAAGACACAACGCACCUCCCGACGCGCAUGUGUGAGGGCGGGAUCCGCACACAAGUCACCUUCCCUACGUGCUGGGACGGCGUCAACCUCGACAGCCCAGACCACCAGAGCCAUGUGGCGUAUGCGUCGAUUCCGUAUGAGCCGUAUGCGGAGCCGCGGGCCACGCCUCCUUAUACCCCCGAGCAGCAGAGGGGCAAGUGUCCGGAUAGCCAUCCUGUGCAUUUGCCGCAGAUUAUGUAUGAGGUCAUGUUUGAUACUACGCCGUUUAAUCAGAGGGAUUUGUGGGGUGCGAAUGGGACGCAGCCGUUUGUGUUUUCCAUGGGCGAUGCGACUGGCCAUGGGAACCAUGGUGACUACCUGUUUGGAUGGAAAGGCGAUGCGCUUCAGCGCGCGUUGAAUGCUCGCUGUAGUAAUGACCACUGCAGCGAGUUGAAGCGGCAGAGCGAUGAGGAGGCGAUGCAGUGCGCUAUUCCACAGACUGUGGUAGAGGAUGUUGAUGGCUCUAAUUGGCUUGAAUCGCUGCCUGGAGGCGUCGAGGUGAAUGAUGGAAUGUGAAUGUCGCUCUAGUACUUGUAAAAUGAAGGGUUAUGAGAUGUCAUGUUAGCACUAGAAUACAUUCGUUAC